AUGUCCAACACCUUUGAUCCAAACAAAGCGGAAAACCUUCCAGAGAUUGAGAAGCAGAUUGCUGUGCACUGUGUAGAGCAGGCACAAACCUACUGGAACCUAUUGGAGAAGGUGAAAGCAUCAAAGCUGCGCAUUACCAAGUACGAUGAUGAGAUCAUGGCAGAUUUUGAGGCGAUGCUUCCAGAAGUAUACAAUGAUGAUAAUAAGGUUCGCCUGAUUGACGAAAACGCAAUGAAAAGUCCCGAGGGCAAGAAGGUCUGGCGCGAGUUUAUUACUAAGUACGAAAAGAGGAUUGCCGACUAUAACUUUGGCACAUUGAUUCGCACAGAUGCAUCGGGAGAGUACACGCAGACCAACACGAUCUUUUUGACCCGCUUUCAGUUCUACGUGUAUGAAAUUUUGCGCAACCAUCGCGGCAUGAACGACUGGGUAUGGGAGCAAGAGAAAAAGAAGAAGGAGCAGGCACAAGCGGCGUAG